CAGGGGAUGAACAAUCAGUACGUGCGCCGGGAGGUCUUCUGCCGGAACACCUGUCACGAGCUCAAACGCUUCUGGGAAAGGGAAAUCGGCAAACAGACUCACUACCGAGAAUCAGAGGAGUAUCGCCUGGGAAGAAGUGCACUGAGAAAGCUCAGAGAAGAAUGGAAGCAGAAACUGGAAACAAAGCUGAGACUACGGAACAAUCCAGAUGAGACAGAAAAGCGGGCAAGCCUGAAGCCUGGCUACCACAUCCUGCAGUGGGAGCUCAAUGACCAGCAGCAGAUCAUUGCAUGGAGACGCCUGCCAGACCAGCAACAUCGCUGCCAGCCCCAAGUCCUGGCCCUCGAGGGCAGGGCAGGAGUGGUCCUUCAUAGCCUGUCAGAACGCCACCUGUGGGCUGCCAACGAGCAGCGUCACCCUUGGCCUCUCUCCUCUCUGGCCCUGGUGAUCCUCAAGUCCUGA